AUGCAAUCCAUUGAUUCGUUGAGAGGAUUAAAUGCCAAACUCUUAGCUGAGAUUACAGACCUUAGGAAGGAGAAUGCACUAAAGUUUGCUGAAGUUGAGGCAGAGAAAAUAGAGUUGAGACGGGAACUUAAGGCUAGAAGUGAUGAGCUGGAGAAAACUGUAGCGGAUUAUUCAGUCAAGAUUGGCGGCUUG